GGCGGGGAUGCGCAGCCCGCGGCGCCAGGAUGCGGGAGGGGAGCGCGGGCGGCCGCGGCGCGGAGAACCGGACGGGCGCCGAGCCCCCGCUGCACCUGUUCCCCGUGCCCGUGCUCACCGGCAUCACCGUCGCCUGCGUCCUGCUCUUCGUCAUCGGGAUCGUCGGCAACCUCAUGACCAUGCUGGUGGUGUCGCGGUUCCGGGACAUGAGGACCACCACCAACUUCUACCUGUCCAGCAUGGCCUUCUCCGACCUGCUCAUCUUCCUCUGCAUGCCCCUGGACCUCUUCCGCCUCUGGCAGUACCGGCCCUGGAACUUCGGGAACCUCCUCUGCAAGCUCUUCCAGUUCAUCAGCGAGAGCUGCACCUACUCCACCAUCCUCAACAUCACGGCGCUCAGCGUGGAGCGGUACGUCGCCAUCUGCUUCCCCCUGCGAGCUAAAGUCAUCAUCACCAAGGGGAAGGUCAAGCUGGUCAUCCUCUUCCUCUGGGCCAUCUCCUUCAUCAGCGCCGGCCCCAUCUUCAUCCUGGUGGGGGUCGAGCACGAGAACGGCACGAACCCCCUGAGCACCAACGAGUGCCGAGCCACAGAGUACGCCAUCCGCUCGGGGCUGCUCACCAUCAUGGUCUGGACCUCCAGCAUCUUCUUCUUCCUGCCCGUGUUCUGCCUGACCGUGCUCUACAGCCUCAUCGGGAGGAAGCUCUGGAGGAGGAAGAGAAAGAACAUCGGUCCAAACACUGCCAUCAGGGAUAAGAACAACAAGCAAACUGUGAAAAUGUUAGUUGUGGUGGUAUUUGCGUUCAUACUCUGCUGGUUGCCUUUUCACGUAGGACGGUACUUAUUUUCCAAAUCCUUCGAAGCCGGAUCCCUGGAGAUAGCAGUGAUCAGCCAGUACUGCAACCUGGUGUCCUUUGUCCUCUUCUACCUUAGCGCAGCCAUCAACCCCAUCCUGUACAACAUCAUGUCCAGGAAGUACCGCGUGGCCGCCUGCCGCCUGUUCGGACUGCGAGCCCUGCCCAAGCAGAGCCUCUCCAGCAGCAAGCAGGGCAGCUCCCGCGGCUGGACAGAGCCCAGCGUCAUCACAUGACACCAGGCACCCCGACAGCACCCGCCGAGCCCCCCAUGAAGCCACAACGGCAGGGGAAGAGGGCAAGGAAUGGGAAUCCCAAGGCUGGAAGCGCCGCUGCGGUCAUCACCCCGACGGGCUGAGA